AUGAUGCCGGAUGAUACUCCACCCACUCCGGGAGUUGUUAAAUGCGUGGCCUGCGAUGAGAAGGGAUCCGGCAACUUUGUCCAGUGCGACAAAUGCAAAUCCUGGUGGCAUUUCGAAUGCGCAGGCGUCGAUGCUUCGGUGAGCGACCGGGAGUGGAAGUGUACUCAGUGCGAAACCAUUCCUAGUGAAUCGGGUAAAAGCAGCAAAUCCAGCCGAAGCAAAUCCUCUGUCGCUGACGAUAUGAAACGGUUGAAGCGAAAGCAGGAGAUUGAGCGGAAGCGGGUCGAGCUGGAUAUGAAGAGGAGGUUCCUACAGCAGGAGCAGGAAUUGCGGAACAAGGCAAAAGUAGCUGAUGAAACCAGAAGCCAGAACUCCAGGAUUAGUCAACGAGGACGUGAUCAUUGUGUGCAACAGUGGUUAAACAAGACCCCUAACGGCGAUGAAGAAGGCGCGGUAGGUGGAGAACCAUUACCAGCUGCCUCGCACACCAAAACCAGUGGUCAACAACUACCCCCCGGCACCGGCGAUCAGCAGACAGACCCAAAAACGACGAAGUUCGGCAACCAAUUGCAAACCCGCGAAACUCGCGAUGAAGUGACCGAAUUGCGAGCGCAGCUGGCGCUCUGUAUGCAGCGAAUGGACCAGGUUAUUAGCCAGCAGUCGGCGAACCAGGUACCACAACAGCCUCCGAUGAGUGUGCCCAUGUCUACAGGUGCCAUUCCUAAAACAUAUCCUAACCAUGAACAGUUAAGUAGACAUCAAGCACCCCUACCCGCUGGAAAUAAAGGCAGAUCCAGCUUGUUUGACAGGAUAAGUCCUCCCACAACCAAACAAUACAAUCGCUUCUCAUCUCUGUGUGAACCACCCAGAAACUCGCUCCCAAGCUUUUACGACUGGCCCCCUAUGGGAAACAAUCCUCCUCCAAACCCUCAACCUUUCCCCCCAAGGCACUCUCAAGCUUCCGCAAUAGCCUCGCAACCAGGUCCAACAUCGCAACAACUCGUAGCUCGGCAGUCUCUGGCUAGGGAUUUGCCAACAUUCACCGGGGAUCCAGCAGAAUGGCCGAUAUUCAUCUCCAGCUACAACUACACGACCGAAGCGUGUGGCUAUACGGAGGGCGAAAAUAUGGUCAGGCUGCAGUGUUGCCUGAAAGGCAGUGCGCUCGAAAGCGUAAGAAGUCGGCUCGUGAUACCCCGUACGGUCCCGCAGGUCAUCGAGACACUGCAAAUGCGAUAUGGAUGUCCGGAAAUCCUCAUAAAUGCUUUGCUCCAGAAAGUUCGGUCAAUUCCAGCCCCGAGAUCGGACCGGCUUGAGGGACUCAUCGAUUACGGGACUGCGAUUCAAGCACUGUGCGACCACAUCGUAGCAGCGAACGAGCUGACUCACCUGUCGAACCCUACACUGCUCCAAGAACUAGUAGCCAAGCUUCCGGCCGACCAGAAGAUGAUGUGGGCAGGGUACAGACGUGGCGUUGGCAACGUAGACCUGACAACGUUCUGUGCUUACAUGCAGCAAGUGGUCAAGGAUGCCACGAGCGUGCAUUCGUUUGAGUCAGACGUAAGAAGGACGCAAGGAAGGGAGCAGGGAAAGGACAAAGUGAAGCAGAAAGGUUACGUCCAUCAACAUGCGUCCGGAACUUCCGGCUUAUCCGAAGCAGCUGAACAAAAGCCGGCCGACAAGUUUCAAUGCGCAAACUGCAGCAAGCAAGGACAUCGCAUUAAGGACUGCGGAGAGUUUAGGACUCUCAGCAUCGAUAAUCGUUGGCGGAGAAUUCGUUCGUUGGGUGUCUGCCAAAACUGCUAUUUUAGGCAUGGCCGACGUUCCUGCCGAACUGUUACACGUUGCGGUAUCAACGGAUGCCAGUACCGACAUCAUCCUCUUCUGCACUCUUCGCCCAGGCCAUCGGAUUCAGAUGCUGUCACACAGGUAGCUGACAACCACACUCAUCGUCUGCAGAGUUCGAGUGUACUCUUCAGGAUUGUUCCGGUUACUCUCAACGGGAACAACGGCCAGGUGAAUACCUUCGCCUUUCUUGAUGAAGGAUCUUCUCUAACGCUGGUCGAAGGAAAAUUGGUGAAGGAGUUAGGAAUAUCCGGCAGCCCACAGCCGCUCUGCCUGCGAUGGACGGCGAACACCUCUCGGACCAAGAAAUCUUCAAUGAGUGUGUCCAUCUCCAUCUCCGGAGAAGGCAAGGAAAGGAAGCACCAGAUCGUUGGAGCGCGAACGGUUGAGAGCUUGAAUCUACCAACGCAAAGCUUCAAUUUGGAGGAGAGUUACCAGAAUGCUACGCCUAGGAUUCUGAUUGGACUGGACCAUCUAUCGUUGGCCCUGCCGUUGAAGAUCAGGGAAGGAUAUGGAUCAGGUCCCGUCACAGCCAAAACCAGGCUUGGCUGGUGCGUUUACGGUCAGCAGCAACAGCAACAGAGCGCCUACAGUUUCCACAUAUGUGGAUGCACGCAUAAUGAAGAGCUCCACGAAACGUUCAAGCAGUUUUUCACUGUAGAAGAAGUCGGAACAGUCGGCCCUUCCCUUUCGACGUCGGAUCAGCGAGCCCAGCAGCUACUGGAGCAAACAACCAAGCGAGUCGGAGACCAUUUCGAGACCGGGCUGUUGUGGGACAACGACUACAUCGAGCUUCCAGACAGCUAUCCCAUGGCGUUGAGCCGGAUGAAGUGUUUGGAGCGUCGUAUGGAGCGAGAUCUGACUCUCAAGGAGCGAGUCUGGUAUUUGCCGAUAGAGGCAGUUACGAAUCCACGGAAACCCGACAAGAUCCACAUCAUCUGGGACGCAGCCGCGUUGGUAGAUGGAACAUCUUUAAACAGCCAUCUACUGAAGGGUCCGGAUCAACUGACCGCGCUGCCUGCGGUUUUGUUCAAAUUCCGGCAAUUCGGGAUAGCGGUGAACGCUGACGUGCAAGAGAUGUUUCAUCAGCUUCGGAUGGCGGCACGAGAUAAACAGUCGUUACGCUUCCUGUUCCGGUUCGAUCCAACGCAGCCUCCCAUAAUCUACGUUAUGGACGUAGCCACGUUCGGAGCGACCUGCUCACCGGCCUCGGCACAGUUCGUGAAGAACUUGAAUGCCAAGGAACAUGCCCAGCAAUACCCUCAGGCUGCGCAGCGGAUAGUCGACAAUCACUACGUCGAUGACUAUCUCGACAGCUUCGGGGAUGAAAAGGAAGCGAAGAAGAUUGCAGCAGAGGUGCGUACCAUCCAUCUCCAGGGUGGCUUCGUCUUGAGGAAUUGGAACUCGAACAGCAAAGCAAUACUAGAGUCUCUGGGGGAACCUGGGACCAACGAAGGCGAGAACAUCAACCUGGUCGACAAGCAGCACACUAAGAGGGUUCUCGGAAUGCUAUGGAUGCCAGCGACUGACGAACUCUGCUUCUCGACACACAUGAGUGAGGAGGUACGCGCACUUAUCGAGAGCGGUACUCGUCCAACGAAACGAGAGGUGUUGCGCUGUGUGAUGACACUAUUCGACCCAUUGGGACUGCUAGCAACGUUCCUGAUUCACGGAAAAAUAGUCAUCCAGGAGUUGUGGCGCACCGGAAUCAACUGGGACGAGCAAAUCCAGGACACUGAGUUGAAUCGCUGGCGAGAGUGGGUACAGAUGAUCCAGUUUAUUUCAACAAUUCGCAUUCCGAGAUGCUACUUCGAAGGAGCGACGAAUUCCACCUACGAAAAUGCACAGCUACAUGCGUUCGUCGACGCAAGUCCAGCGGCGUAUUGCUGCGUUGUAUAUCUACGCGUGAUGAACUCCGCUGGUUCCGGAGUGUGUGUAUUGGUUGCAGCGAAGACGAAAGUGGCACCGUUAAAGCCCAUGUCCAUACCCUGGCUCGAACUGCAGGGUUGUGCACUCGGUGCGCGAAUGCUGAAGUUCGUCCAGGAAAACCAUACAAUUCCCAUCACGAAACGUUACUUGUGGACGGACAACACUACGGCGCUUUCCUGGAUCCGGGCGGAUCCACGCAACUAUCGACCGUUCGUUGCCCACAGAGUAGUUGAGAUUGUGGAGACUACCAGUGCGGAGGAGUGGAGAUACGUUCCUUCAGCAUCCAACCCGGCCGAUGAAGGGACCAAGUGGGGAAAAGGCCCAUAUUUCAGUACUGAUAGCCACUGGUUCUCGGGACCAGAAUUCCUGCAACACCCAGAAGACGCAUGGCCGAUUUCACCAGCGAUGCCCAGCAUGGAGACGGAGGAGAUACGAGCUUCUGUCCUGUUCCAUCUCGCGUACGAGCCCGUUAUCCAGUUCGAAAGGUUUUCCAAAUGGGAGAGAUUACAUCGCACCGUUGCCUACGUGCUGCGCUUUGUCAACAAUAUCAGCAGAGAGCAUAGCAAAAUAUCCGGUGAUUUGCAACAGGAGGAGUUCCAGGCAGCGGAAGCGGUGAUCAUGCAGUAG